AGCCGAGCCUCGAGUGCAUCGAGUUCAUCCGUGUGUGUGUGUGUGUGUCUACGUCUUCUUCGCGUGUUUGUGUCAGCAGUGCAGUCCGAGUUGCUGUUGAGGCGCGCGCGCGAGACAGCUCUCCUGUAUACAUACAGAGAUACAUCAUAUGCAUGUCUUGCAUUCGUGUAAUCGUGUCGUCGUCGUUACUGCACCGACGCACAAGUAUAAUAUAAGCUGACAUGUAUUCGCGAUGUGCUACUGCUGCUGCUGCUGCUGCUGCUGCCGAUGUGCUCUGCUCGUGCUGCUGCAUUAGUGUACGAGAGUGUUUGUGCCUGUGCCUGUAAGCAGCCUAGCUUUGUAACAGUUAGCCAGCUCGAUUCUUCUUCCAACGUCUUGUUUACGGGAUCUCUCUUUGGAGAGCCAUCGUAUAGGCUUCUCGACCAAAAGUGCGCGUGUGCCUCGCUCGCGACAAAAUUUAUCCAAAUGUUAUUAUGGCCGCCGGUCCACCAUCGAGCUCGCUCGACCGUCAAACUCAUCCACUCUAUGAACAGCAGAAACGCGAGCUAAUUUACUUCAACUGUCGAGCUGCGACACAGAUAGUAGAUGCUACUGCCACUUCAAAACAACAACAACGGGUCAAACGUUAUAUGCCAAAUGCUGCUGCGCUAUAAUGCCGUUGUCAAUCUCAUUAUUAACGAAUAUGCACACUGAAGACCCAGGCUGGUGUCUGGGUAAGAGAUGAACCUGUUUAAGGCUUUGAUCCCAUGUGCACUCCAGCAGGGUGGUGAUAGUGCUGUUGAAGAAAACACAACCGACAGAGGUUGCUGGUUCACCGGAAGAGGACAGAGCGAUGAACCACGUAUGACACAGAGAAUGGGAGCAUCCGCUUCAUCAAGCCUUGCGCACAUUGGUGGAGACUCAGUUCAGGCAGCCAGGCUGUCAGCCUCCGGGAAUCUUGACCAAAUCAGUUUUGUUGUUAGUAGAGAACGCAAGAAGCGCGCCACGGGCUUCGCAACGCUGCGGAAAAAGUUCAUCCGUCGACGUCGCUCCUCCAAGGCAUGCGACCACGGCCGGAUCAUACGCGAGCUCGUGUCGAGCUGGAACCCGCUCGAGGCCGGCGCUCUGCUCGAGGAAUACGAGGCCUUGGCGGCCCUCAAGGAUCUGCACGUCCAAGCGGAGCUUGCGAGGCCGCCCGCGGCGACCUUCAAGCAGGACCUGUCGACGCUCUACGACUACAAGUACUGCACGGACGUCGACCUGGUUUAUCGGGGCGCUUGUUUUCCCGUGCACAGAGCCCUCCUUUCGGCGAGAUGUCCCUACUUCAGAGAUCUACUGGCUGGCUGCCCAGGCUACGGAGCACGGAUAUGUCUAGAAUUACGCAGCCACAAUAUCGAGGUGCCGAUGUUCUCGGCGCUACUGCGCUACCUCUACACCGGGGACGUGUGCUCGCACGACGGAUCUCUCGACGCGGCUCUCCUCAGGCGACUCGGCGAGGAAUUCGGCAAUCCCAAUCCACUGGAGCAUGACCUGCGCUACCUGCUGGAGACGGGCAAUUACGCCGACGCGGCCCUCGUCUUCACCUCGGACAGCGACUAUCAGCGUCCAGACAGCGGCAGCAGCGAGUACGGCUUCAGGCCGAAGCUCGAGCUGGCCUGCCACAAAGCCAUACUGUCCGCCAGAUCGCCUUUCUUUCGUAAUUUAAUACAGAGGCGGACUCGAUCGGGCGAGGAUCACACGGAGCGGGCGCUUCACAUACCGACGAGGAUCGUCCUCGACGAGUCGGUCAUACCCAAGCGAUACGCGCACGUCUUGCUGCACGCCGUCUAUCUCGACACGGUGGAUCUGUCCCUGAUACUGCGAGGGACCGGCUGCGGCAAUGGAGCCGGAAGCUUAGGAGAGGUUCAGGCUCUGACGCACACGGGUCGAAUGCGACCGAGUCCAUUGGAAGAGGCCAUGGAAUUGUACCAAAUAGGCCGAUUCCUCGAGUUAGAUAUACUUUCGCAGGGCUGCGAAGAUCUUAUUUUAGAAUGGCUCACAUUAGAAUCUCUGCCGACUGUAUUAAAAUGGGGUAGUCAACCACAUGGCUCAGCGUGGGUUCAUCGACAAGCAUUGCACUAUUUACGCGAGGAGUUUCAGCCAGUUGCAUCUUCUCCUAUUCUACACCAGCUGGAUCAAACGCAUCUUGUUGAAGUUUUACAAAGUCACUUCCUGCAGGCUAGCGAACUCGAAGUACUGCAGGCUGUAUUGAAAUGGGGUGAGCAAGAGCUCGUUAGGCGAAUGGAGGACCGCGAACCGAAUCUCCUCAGUCACACAGUUCACUCGGUAGCGCGUAAAGGUGUGAAAAAACGUGAUCUCAGUGAUAUCGAACUCAGAGAAAUACUAAGCGAAUUGUUACCGCUAGUCCGGAUGGAUCAUGUGCUACCACCGAACAAUGAAAUUCUGGCUCAAGCUAUUAGGAGAGGUCUAGUAUCCACUCCGCCAAGUCACAUGAUUGGAGAUGAGAGAGAAAAUUUAAGAAUAAAUGCUUGGAUUCGCGGAGGAAAGAAAAAUGGCUUAUUUGUAAGGCCACGACUUUUCAUGCCAUAUUACGAAGAAAUAAAAGGUCUAGUCGAAGAACAAAUGGUUCAAGAGCAAGAGUUAAUCAGGUUAAGAAGGGCGCGAUAUAUUCCUGAUAUUCCUGAUACUUUGUACAUGGUCGACGAGAAACCAAGGGUUAUGGGUGCCGCUGGUGUCGACGUAUUAGCAGCUGCACUACCAGUUCCAGAUUCUGCCACAAUGUCGGCAAUGCUUAAACGCGAACAAAAAUUAAGGCAAUCGCCAAGUUGUCAAAGAGCAAUUAGUUUACCUCUGUCGUCACGGCACGAAAUCAAUCGGCAAUUACGAUUACGAGUCGUCAGAGAAUUUAAUUUACCCGAUGCAGUAGCCGAUUUACUUGAGAACGCAACGUGCUACAACUUGAGCGAUCAGGAAGCCUCGUCGGUCAGCGCCGAUGACGAGAACAUGCUGAUGGGCAUGCAGCAUCAGCACCAUCAUCAACUGCAGGUAGCAACGACCAGUGGUAACAACAGCAACAACAACAACGGCAGCGGCAGCAAUAACAAUCAUCACGGCGACGCGGCCACUCCUGGGGCCAUGUCCGGCGCAGGCUGCUACGGCAGAAAUAUGACGUUUCCGCGCUUCGGCUCGGGCUCGUCUUCGUACCGCAGCGCUACUGGCCCGAGACAUCACGAACUGCCCGCUAUCGUCACCGAAGGCGAGAACUACCGGCUAUCCGCCGAGCAUCUGGCUAAUAAUUCGUGCAGCGAGAGUCAUUUAUCCGGCCUGAUGCCCGACGUGGCUAUGGCCACUGCGUCGUUCGAUGCCCUCCAGCUAGUCGAGGCUCACGAGCUCGAAUUGGAUCUUGGCGACGGCGCCAGUCAUUUGCUCCAGCAGCAACAGCCGCCGCAAGCCUCCUCCUCGUCGUCUUCCUCGUUACUGGCCGGUGCCUCGGGUAUCUCCACCAUACGUCUUCCUCUUGGUCACAAUCAGCAGCAGCAGCAUCAGCAGCCACAACAACAACAACAGCUGCCACGUCAAAGAUCGUAUGCCGGUUUACAAACUGCACCCUACUUGUAUCAUCGAGCUAUACGUGGCAAUCCACGAUUGAUCUAAAUUCUUUCCUUCCAAUCUAGCGUCAAAUGAGAUUCCGUUUUUUUAUUAUACAUCGUUGUUGUCGUUGCCUUAGAAGAAAAGAGAGAUGUAAAAAACUGCCUCUGGUUUUUUAACUUCGCGUCUGAUUACGCGCUACAACAAUUAAUUGUCGCUGCUUCUGUGAUAUAAAUAAUGUAUAUCAGUCGAUCAAAAAAUUCUAAAUUCAUUUUACAAGACGACGUUCGUACCGGGUUGGAGAGCAAAUGCUUUAACGAAUUUCCAAAAGUCAGAAAGUAGCCCCGUUAAUGGGCAUGAACGAGUUUCAGAAAAGAGAUACAACUGAAAGACGAUCGCGACUAAUUUCGUCUCUUGUGUAAGAAAUGUAUAUACUGCCUCUAUAUAUAAAAAUAAUGUAGUUUUUAAUCAAACUUAUGUAUAGUAAAAAUUCAAACCGUUGAGUACGCGUCUGUGAUCAACGCCUGUAUACACAUAUACACACUUGGAUGGUUGUACUGUUUGAUAUUUGUUUACGCGUUGUAAAAAUUCAAACAUCUGAAGCGUUAUUCUUUUUUAAGGCAAUAAUAUUUUUCGUUAAUUUUUAUUACGAUUUCCGCUAAGAUGAACAUUAUUCAUUAUUAUUUGUUCAGCUUUGUGGAGCUUUUCAUCUACUCAAGAUGAAGGUUUUAUGGUAUUGUUUGUCGAUCUAAAGUGACGAUUACAGUAGUGCGUUAUUUGAUACUGUUCUGUAUACGGCAAAUCGUUUUUUUAUGGUAUAUAUUUACGCGUUUCUGCUCGAAGAGCCAUGAUAUCUCGCCAGAAGGCUGAAAAUGCAUUUUAAUCAACUUAUUAUACACUUAAAACUCUGGUCACGCAUUAUGGUUUUUUUUUUAGGAAUUUUUUUCCUCGUAUAUUAUGACCAAAGUAUAAAAACUGUUUGAUAACCGGUGCUUUCUUAUCAUUGUUAUAUCAAAUGCAUCAAAUUAAGAAAACGCGCGGCUAACGGUGAUAUAUCUUUCCUCGGUCAUAAGCACUUGCGCAUUGUAAACAAAGUGCUGUAAAAUUAAUUGCAAUUAUUUUGAGCAAUUAUUAUAAAAUGUUAAUUGGAUUACUAUGUAAGAUUGUUUGAUAAAUCUUGCAUGACUUAUCAUUUAAAUGAAUGAGUCUGUAUGAAAUAAUCCAUCAAUACAACGAUAAUCGCGUACAUUUAUACGUACAGUUGUAACUGUAUUCUUGAGUUCAUUCUCAAAUUACUGAGUUUUUUUGUUCAAUUCAUAAAUCCCUACUGUGAAAUAAUGUGAAAAUGGAUCUUACUUUUUUAAGUAAAUAAAUUUCUGCCUACAAAUAAUACGUGGUGAAGCUUGGACAUGGACAAUUGAUAUUUUAGUUGGAUCGUUCAAAAAAGUUUGAAAAAACUUAAAAAUAAAUACAAAUCAUUAAUUAACUUUUCUCAAAUCAUGACUGCCAAUGC